CACAUGCUUGAAAAUCAAUCGGAAGUGUCUACCAUUAAUUUUGACAUUGCUGUAAAUUCUCAACGUUCAACUGGCUUGCCGUUUCAUGAAUGUCAGAGAAGGAGUCAAUUAACUCAUUGGCUGCCAUUGACAGCACUAACCGUCCAAUCCAUUGGGAAUGGACUUUGUUCAUUCAUCUUGACUUGUAAUUUAAUCUUUUAUAUUUUUUUUACAGUGUGUCUUUUUCCCACAUGUCCGUGUGCGCAUAACUGCCGUGUGUUUACAUGACAACAACGUGACGGAUGGUUUUGUGGCUCGGCGGCCAUUGGCUGUCGGUGUGUUUAUGUUCAAACAAACUGACGCAGUUCCCACACUCUGCUCCAAAAUCUUUUGAGCUAAAACGACACAAGUUUGCAAAAGCCAACGGAAAUCUUUGCAAACGAACCUCAUUGCCCAUGUCAAAGACGGUCGGGAGGAAGCAGCACUGGCGAUCCAGGACACAGGACGCCUGGCUCCCCUCAGUCGGGGAGGCGGGCCUGGCCAUUGGCGGAGGGGCCGAUUACGGAGAGUUCCCUUUCGUCACCGCCGCCCCGCCGGACGGACCUGCCGUGGGCGACGUCAUCCUGGAGAUCGGCGGGACGCCCGUGCUGGGCAUGACUCUGGGAGACGUACGCGGUGUCCUCAAUUCCUGCCCCCGACCUGUCCGCAUCAAAACUGUGGCGCCAGGCGCCACCUUGUGCAAGGACCUCGGCUUGUAUCUGAGUAAGUGCUUCACGCCCGGCUCGGUGGACAGUCAACUUCAGCAAGUCAUCCGGCAGAACCUCCACCUCCGAGCUGUACCUUGUACGACCAGGGCGCCGAGAGCAGGGGAGAUAUCCGGGACCGAUUACAACUUUCUCUCCGUUGAGGAGUUUUUUUCUCUGGAGGAGUCGGGAGCGCUGCUGGAGAGUGGAAAGUUUCAAGGUAAUUACUACGGCACGCCUCGGCCCGUCCACGUGAGCGCUGAGAGCCCCCCGGUCACCUACGAGGAACACCGUGAUCUGCUCAGAAACUUCCGCACGCGUAGCAAGUCGCUCAGCAACCUGGAAAAAGAACACCUUCAUGGGGGACAAGGCUCACCGAGGGGGCGGCAGGCAUCGAGUGGCGUCCCAGAAAAUGGCUCGCUCGCCAACGGGGGAUCGCUGAUGGCUGAAGACUGGGAUCAGGCCUUUAGCGACCCGGGUGUGGAGCCCACAUACUUCCCAGAGCACAAGAGCAGCAGCUGGCAGAGUCCUGGCAGAGAAUCGCUCUUCAAAAAUCAAUGGUUAAGUCAAUACCCGGACGAGCUCGGGGGUUUUCUGGUGCGCGCGCAUUUGAUCAAGGGCUCUGGGGGCUUCGGCUUCAACAUCGUGGGAGGCAGUAAGCCCGGCGAGUUUCUUCAGGUCUACAGCGUGACUGCCAGCGGACCCCCGGCCCUCAAGACAGCGGACAUUCUGGUGUACGUGGAUGGCGUCUGCGUGCUUGGAGCGUCCCACAAAAAGGUGGUGGAGAUGCUCAAGUCGGUCCCGGUGGGCCACGCUGUGGAAAUCCACGUUAGGAGAGGUCACCCCAUGCUCUACGACCCUGAGGGCCGCCUCCGAGGGCCGCCCGCUACCACGCAACCUGAGCCCCUGGGGCGUCCGACAGGUGACGGCGUCACAGCUGACGGGUACGCCGCCUCAUUGGGACGCUCCAGCUUGAGCGGCUGCUCUCCGCCCCGUUCCUUCCGUUCAUUGGCCCGGCUCCGGUCGCUUGACCACGCGGCAGCCAGCCAGAGUGACAGCGAAGUGGUCUCAGCUAUCGGUUCGCACAGGGCAUCGCUAAUCCGUAACCACAACAACAACUCCAUAUCAACGCCCCGGCACCCCUUCCGUUUUGGCGCAUCCCUCAAGUCGUCGGAGAGUGACCUCUCCACCUGCACGCUGCCGGUCUCCCACCUUCCCCUGCCGCGCUCGCCCGAGCGGCCUUCAUCCUCGCCGGGCGGCGCACGCCCCCGCCUUUGGGGCCCGCGGCCUUCUCGUUUCCGACCCCUUGCGACUCUCUCGAGCUCUCCCGGGGAACUGGUCCCGGUGGCCCUGGCGGGCGGAGGCCUCGGAUUCAGCGUGACGGGCGGCGGUCCCGGGGGCGCCGCUGCCGUAGUGGGGAGGAUCUGGGACAGGAAGCGGUGCAAUGCUCUGCAGCCAGGGGACGCGAUUGUCAAAAUCAACGGAGCUGACGUCAAGAGUCUCAGCCUCGCUCAGGUCCAAGCAGUUCUUCAAGAACACACCAAACUUGGAGAAGUCAUCCUCUUGGUCUACAGGGGAGGCAUAUAUCAAUCGGGCUUCCGGAGACCACCACCUCCCCUGCACGACGGGGCGGUCCUGGACAACGGCCGGACGGCCUCCUCCCCGGGUUCCUCGCUGAUCCAGAGUACCAGCUUCUUGGAGUCGGUUCCCGUCACACUGACCAUGGAGCCCAAAGACUGGAUGGGCACGGGUCCAGAAGACGCCGUCAGUCGGCGCCCGGAAUUGGUGGAAGAGCAGAGGAGCCCGCCCCUGAGAGGCUUCCACGUGGAGCUGACGCGAAAGCCAGGGGAGGGUUUUGGAUUUGUGAUCGCCUCGCAGGAUCUGGAGAACACAAAAGCCGCCUCGCUCCUGCCGCAUCGCUUCGUGACAGUUCGGCGAGGCAGCCCGGCCGCAAAGAGCGGUCAGAUCCGGCCCGGUGAUCGACUGGAGGCGGUGGAAGGACGCUCCGUGGUCACCCUGCCUCACCGCGAGCUGGCGCAGAUCCUUCGCCGUGCGGGGAACACUCUCCGCCUCACCAUCGUCCCGCGGCCUAGCACAUACUCAAGCGGCCUUACGGAAUCGGCCGAGAACGAACUCGGGCGGAGGAGCGGGAAGGCUCAGCGCUGGCGUCCCAAGCGCGAUUCCAGGUACUACAGCAUCAACUUGGAUCGCGGACCCUCGGGCUUCGGCUUCAGCCUCCGAGGGGGCAGCGAGUACAACAUGGGACUCUACGUCUUGGGCCUGAUGGAGGGGGGACCCGCUUCACGAAGCCAAAAGAUACAGGUGAGCGACCAACUGGUGGAGAUCAACGGCGACAGCACAGCGGGGAUGAGCCACGCCCAAGCGGUGGAGCAGAUCCGCCGAGGGGGACGGCGCGUCCACCUGGUCCUCAAGAGGGGAAACGGAUACGUGCCCGACUACGACCGUGAGUCCCGAAUCGCCUCCCCCUCCCGCCGGCGUCACCCCAAGGAGCAGAGUUUGGCUGCAGUAGAUGCUGGCAGGCAGAGGGGGCGCCAUUCCCGGAAGAAGAAGAGAGGCGAGUCUUCGGACGGACGCGGGAAAAAGACGGGUCAGGGGAGAAGACCGAAGAACGCCAAGAAAAAAGCGGCCCGGAAGAAAGAGGAGAGGAAGGAGGAAACACCAAAAGAAGAAGAAAAAGAAGAAGAAGUGGUAUGGGAAAGCACAAAUGGUAAAGAAGAAACUCUGCUUCCCGUUCCAAGUCGGGAUAAAAACUUAGAGGAGAGCGUGCGGGAGGCGGAGCACUCAGGGGACGUGGCGGAGGGCUAUCGUGAGAUGAAGCGGCUCGGGGAUGGAGACUCGAAUGAAGAUCGGAGCGGAGACAAAAAGGAGCCCUUCGCUUUCCUCGCUUCCGAUUUUUCCGGGGAGGAGGAGUCAGAGUCAGAAGGCGGCCCGUCGGACGACGACACGUCCGCCGCCAGCGUCUACGGCUUCUCAGCGCCGGCGAAUGGGCGCGGGGGCGUUCCAGUGCCGGGACCUUGGCUCCGGCCUAAACACUGCAGGACAGACAGAUGAGAGCGUUAAAGUCUGGACGUAGUCAUCUUUGUCGUGGGCCAUUAUGUUGGCUGGUCCAGAGAAAUAUUGAGGUUGCAUGGCAGCCAUUGACGACGCAAGACGUCUAAUCCGUUUGUACUGGGAGGGGCCAAGGAGUCUUCCUUCAGGAAAUAACUGAAAAUCAGCAGGGAGUGACUUAGAAUUGAAGCUAAACAAACAGCAGGUAACCCAAAAAUGAUCAGAAAGUGACCUUUAAUUCAAGCUAAAUCAACAGGGAGUGACCUAGAAUGCCCCAAAAUCAAUAGAAGUCACCUAAAGUUGACAGGAAGUGGCCUUAAAAUUAAGCUAAACUAAUAGCAAGUGACCCAAAAUGACCAGGAAGUGGCCUAAGACUGCUUCGAAAUCAACGGUAAAUUACCCAAAAUCAACAGCUGGAAAGGUACCAAAAUCAUCAGCAAGUGACCUGAAAUUCAAGCUAAAUCAACAGGUAGUGAGUGACUCAAUACCCUAAAAUUAACAGGAAGUGACCAAAAAUAAACAGGCACUAGCUUGAAAUUGAAGCUAAAUUACUUUUUAUUAUUAUUAUUAUUAUGAAUUACUUUGUACUAAAUUACAAGUGACCCAAAAUGACCAGGAAGUGACCUAAAAAUGCCCCAAAAUCAACAGGUACUGACCCCUAACCCUAAUUGGAGAUACAUAAACAGGAAGUGGCCUUGAGUUGAUGCUAAAUCAGCAAGAAAUGAUCCAAAAUGAUCAUGAAUUGACCUAGAAAUGUACCAAAAUCAACAAGAAGUGACCUCUAAAUGCCCCAAAAUCAUCAGGAAGUGACUCAAAUCAACAGGAAGUGGCCUUAAAAUGAAGCUAAACUGUAACUGUAAGUUACCCAUAAUGACUAGGAAGUGACCUAAGACUGCUUCGAAAUCAACAGGAAGUGACCCAAAGCCAACAGAAAGUCACCUGUAAAUGUAUCAAAAUCAUCUGGAGGUGACCUGGAAUUCAAGUUAAAUCAACAGGUAGUGACCCAAUACCCUAAAAUUAACAGGAACUGACCAAAAAUGAACAGGAAGUGACCUGGCAUUGAAGUUACAGAUUUAAGCUAAAUUACUUUUUUUUUUUUUUUUAAUUGUUAUGAGUUACUUUGUAAAUGACUUUGUACUAAAUUACAUGUGACCCAAAAUGACCAGGAAGUGACCUAAGAAUGCCCCAGGCUUUGAGUUGAUGCUAAAUGAACAAGAAAUGAUCCAAAAUAAUCAUAAUUUGACCUAGAAAUGUCCCAAAAUCAACAGGAAACAACCUGUAAAUGCCCCCCAAAUAAACAGGAAGUGACCCAUAUCAAUAGGACAUGGCCUGAAAUGUUCAGGAAAACCUGUAAAUGCCUCCAAAAUAAACAAGAAGGGACCCAAAUCAACAGGAAGCGACCAUGAAUUGGAGCUAAACUAAUAGCAAAUGACCAAAAAUCACCAAGAAGUGAGCUGGAAUUGAAGCUAAAUCAACAGGAAGUGACCUAGGAAUGCCCCAAAAUAAACAGGAAGUCGCCCAUAAAUACCAAAAUCAUCAGGAAGUGACCCAAAUCAAUAGGAAGUGGCCUUAAAUUGAAGCUUAACUAAUAGCAAGUGAUCCAAAUUGUUCAUGAAUUGGCCUAGAAAUGCCCCAAAAUCAACACAAAUUCACCUGUAAAUGUACCAAAAUCAAAAGGAAGUGACCCGGAAUUUAAGAUAAACAGGAAGUGGCCUUGAUUUUAAGCUACAUCAACAGGAAGUGAUCCAAAAUGAUCAUGAAUUGACCUAGAAAUGUACCAAAAUCAACAGGACGCAACCUGUAAAUGCCCCCAAAAUAAACAGGAAGUGACCCAAAUCAACAGGAAGUGGCCACAAUUGAUGAGAAAGUGACCUACAACCUUCCAUUCCAAAUUGAAUGGCCGUCUAGCGCCGUCAGUGGCAGCCAGGUGAGUUCGCCAUAUUUCUAUUGGUUGGCUAACAUAAUGACCCCGAAAGAAGAAAAGCCAAACUAAAACACGACCCGCGACAAAGAUUACUUUGACCCCUUGACAGGUGGAAAACAUUUAACUUUAAAAUUGAAAUUGCUUCCUUUACUGGACUCACUUCCGGGUUUUUGAGGUCUUAUACUUUGUGCCUUUUUUACCGUCUGAUAAUAAAAACUAUCGUUAGCCGUUUUACAUAUCAAUUUAUCGUCUGUUAUGCUGUAUGAAAUAGCCGACGAUGUUUUUUUCCAUGGCGUGAUAAAUUGCACGUCAUCAACAAUCAUUGGCGUUGCUUUGUUCAAUGUCUCUCCCGUAAGCUCAUUAGCAUUCUAGCAUAUUUUGGCAUCCAUGUUUGUACAGGAACAUUCUUCUUCUUCUUCUCCUGUAAAGUAUCUGCUCCACUUUGGACCUCAUGCAAUACUAAUGCACACACUUGAUGACGUCCGUCCGUCCGUCCGUCAAUAUAAUGACGAUCUUUUUACUCAGUCAUAUAAUCUGUAAAUAUGUUUACGUGUACGCUAUGUAACCAAUCGUCCCUGCCUAUUCUUCGCGCAACGUUGGUAUAAUUUGUUGCGUGUCGAGUUUUUGUGCAGGACAUGAAAGAUUUGUGCUGUGAAAAAGUAUCUGCUUCGUCUUUCAUUAGGAUUUUAUUUUAAUACCCAUGAUAGCAAAAGUAAUGGAGGAUAUUUUCCUUCAAGAAGUGGCCUAGGAAUUCCCCAAAAUUAAUAGGAAAUGACCCUAAAUGAGCAGGAAGUGACCCAUAAAUGCCCCAAAAUCAACAUAAAAUGACCUUGAAUUGAAGCUAAAUACAUGUGAAAUUACCUCAGAAUUCACCAGAAUCCUCCAGAAGUGACCUAAAAUCAAUAGGGAGUGCUGUAAAUGUCCCCAAAUUAACAGGAAGUGACCCAAAAUCAACAUAAAGUGACCUUGAAAUGAAGCUAAAUAUAUGGAAAAUUACCUCAGAAUUCCCCACAAUCCUUAAGAAGUGACCUAAAACCAAUAGGAAGUGAC